GUCCUCCGGAAAUUAAUCCUGAGCUCAAGGAUCAGUUGGUUACAUAUAAUUCACCGCUUGAGUUCGAAUGCUCUCUAGGCGGUGUCCCUACACCUGAGAUACUCUGGACUAAGGAUGGGUUGCAUAUCAGUAACAAAAACAUUCUCAGGAUUCGUCAAGCGAGAUUUGAAGACUCUGGUAAAUACACAUGCAGGGCCAAUAACAGCGAAGGGAGCAAAAACUCAACUUUCUGGAUCGAAGUGGCGGUCUCUCCCCAGAUUAUUACGCCUCCGAUAAGCCGAUAUGUUACCGAAGGAGACCGUGUAGACCUUAUUUGUAGAGCCUCAGGUGUUCCAAAACCAACCUUGGUCUGGACUUUUAAUAAUGGUAACCUGCCAUCUGGUAUCAAUCAAUUCAAUCGCAAAGGAGAAUCAAACCUGGUAUUGCCAAGUGUCACGAAAGAGAUGAAUGGGACUUACAAGUGUACAGCAAAAAACAAAGCAAAUACAGCUGCUUACUCAGCAGCACUGCGUGUUUAUG